AUGACUCGUCGAUUCAAUAAAUUUACAAUUCUUAUAACAAGCACAACAACAGUAGCAGCCGCCUUUGGUCUAACACGUUUGAUUCAUCGACGACAAGAACAUCCUUCAAAUGAAUCAGAUUCAAAUGAAAAUAAUUCAACUAAACUAUCAUCAAUAGUACUUGAAUCAAAACAUGAUUUAACUGAUAAUACUUUACAAAAUAAAGAUAAUAAUUUAUAUAUACCAAUUGAAUCAAGUAAUGCAGUUACAACUGCAAUUUAUCACCAAGCUUUACAUUAUAUAAAACAAACACAAUCAACAAGUACUCAUAUACGUGAAUAUGGUCUUAGUCAUUUAGCUAAAUUACAUAAUUUACCUUCAAUUUAUUAUUCAAUUAUUGGUCAACAAAUUGAUUAUCAUUCAGCUAUAAAAUUAGCACGAACAUAUGAAGCUAAUUUAAAUUUAUUUCCUAGUGGUCCACCAUAUAUAUUUUCAAUUGGAAAUAAAAAAGUACUUGCUGCUGGUAAUGCUGAAAAUGUAAAUGAUGAUGAUGUACUUUUACAUACCAUAAGAAAAUUUCUUGAUCAAUUAAUUGAUGAUAAAAACCGUCCAUUAGAUAUAUUGAGUCAACAUUAUCUUAAAUUGUUACAAUCUUAUAUGGAUGAUGUUCAUUCUCAAACUGUAUUCGAUCUCGUUCAACAUUUUGAAGCUGAACAUGCUGAUAUAUCAUCAAAAGCUAUAAAACGUUAUCGAUCAAAUCUCGAACUUUAUUCAAUAUUUCUUUAUGCUCUACGUGGUUAUGCUGAUCGUUAUCCACUUGAUGUUAUUCAUUUAAAUGGUUUACAAAUAUUAAAAUAUUUAUAUGAAAAACGAAAAGAUAAUAUACCAUUUGUAAGAUUUCUUGGAAAAAUUCUUCUAUUACUUAGUCGAGAACAACAAACACAUGAUGCAUUCUAUGCCGUUGGUUGGGUAAGAAUUCUUCAUGAUAUGGCAGUAGAUAAGAAUAAUAUUAUUUAUUCUUUAUUGGCAUCGACUAUUUUAGCAAAUCUUGAUCGAGCAGUACAUGACAGUACGUCAAUGAGUGAAGAAAAAAUAUCUGUUAAUAGAAAUAUCAAACCUUUACACCUAUCACCAGAAAUUAGUGAUCGUGAAUUAAUUGAAGCGGAACAAAAGGCAGAAGAAAAAAAAGAAAUUUUACAUGAAAGUCAACCAUUACCAAAACAAUCGAAUCUUGUCAAUAAAUUUGUACGUCGUAUAUGGUAUACAAGACCAGUUUCUGAUGAAGAUGAUACAGACGACGAAGAUGAAAAUAAUCAAAUUAUUGAUGAUCAUGUCGAGAAGAAAAUUGCUGCACCAGAUAUUGAUACAAGUCAUUCAAUACAUACAGAUAAUAAUAUAAAAUUAACAGAACAACAACAAAUAUCUCCUUCUAUCCCAUCAUGGAUUAAUGAUCAAGUAUAUGGUGAUAAAAUUAUUCUAUUCAAUCCAACAAUGUAUAAUAUUCAUCACAUGGAUCCUAAUGUACGUUGGCAUCAAGAACCAAUUAUUGAUGUUAUUUUUUUCCAUGGUUUAGCUGGUUCAGCUUUUAAAACAUGGCGACAAGAAUCUGCACAUUAUGAUGUUGAACAACCAACAGAAAAGAAAAUAUUACCAGUAACUGAUGAAGCUCCUGAAGAAGAAAAUGAUGAAGUAUUAAAUAUUGGUGAAGAAACGGAUUGGAAUAAAUUAAAAACUGAUAUACCUCUUCCUGUUACGAAAACUCAGGAAAAUCAACCAUCAUCAUGUUGGCCAAAAGAUUGGUUAAGUAAAGAUAUAUCAACAUCACAUAUACGUAUGUUAGCUAUUGAUUAUGAAUCAACUGUUUCGGAAUGGCAACUUCGUUCAUUACCAAGAAAUAUUAUGCGACGAUCAAUGUAUGAUCGAGCAAAAGAAAUAGGUGAACAAUUAAAACAAGCUGGAAUUGGAAAACGACCAAUUAUAUGGAUUUCACAUUCAAUGGGUGGUUUAUUAACAAAAUAUAUUUUAACAAAUGAAGAAAAUGAAGAUAUAAGAUCAAAUACUCGUGCUUGUGUUUUCUUUUCAGUACCACAUUUUGGUGCCGAAUUAGCAUCAUUUGGUAUUCGUCAUGCAUUUAUUGUUCGACCAACAGUUGAAAUUGAAGAAUUACAACCAAAUAGUGAAAAUCUUCUUAAUUUACAUGAAAAUUUUCUUCAAAUACUUAAAACUUAUGAUAAUAUAAAAAUUUUAAGUUUUGCUGAGAAUGAAAAAACAACAUUUUCAUUACGUUAUCAAACUGUUGUUGUACCAUCUGAAAGUUCACAAAUAAAUAUUGGAAAAUUUUUUAUAUUAAAUAAAAAUCAUAUUUAUAUAUGUAAACCAAAUUCAAAAGAUACUCUUGAAUAUCAAGAAUUACUUGAUCUUAUUCGAACAAUUUAUUACGAACGUAAAAAUGAACUUAAAACUGAUCAAAUGAAAUCAACAGAAGAUCUCCUUAAUAGUUUAUAUAUGUUUUCAUCACCUAUAGAAGAUGAUACACAAUAA